GCAUGCAAAUGAAAGGAAGAGUGUGAACAGCCGCCACAAUGAAGAAAUGGCCACCCUCACGGCGAAGUGUGAAUCUCUCCAGUCCCUUGUUGAAAAACAGCAACAACAGAUUGCUAAACUGCAGGAGGUGACGGAUUCCAUUCAACUUUCCCAAUCCAUUUCAAAGAUGAGAACGUAUGCACAGACUGUGGCUUUGAACCCAGGUGCCCAUCAGGUUAGUGCUAAAAACUGUAUCUCCAAGGACAAUGGCACUAAUAACGCCACUGAUGACAAAACAAUGGAUCCGGAUACAGCUCAUGCAAAUCAUACAACAACACAGCCAAGUACUGAAGAAGCCGACUCAGACGUUGAACUGACCCAACAGGUUUCGUCACAGGAAGGAACACAAGUCCCGACAGAGGAGUCGAAACAAGUCAGGGUGUACACGGACUCCAUAUGGAAAGCCGUCAAUGUCUCCAGAAUGUUUCCCAACCUUUCGACACACAAAGACAAGACAUCUACAAUAUCCGAUGCCACAAAGAAGCUAGAAACCAUCCACGACCCAGGAACAUCCUAUGCGAUUCUUCACAUAGGAUCUAACGACUUAGACAACUCUAAACAUGACGACUCUUCUGUACAAGGCUGUCUGCAGAAAACAGAAGAACUCAUCAGUAUUGCCAAAGCAUCAUUUCCAAACGCCACCAUUGUCUUGUCUCAGGUUCUCCCAAGAGGCAAUGACCUGCAAUCUGACCUGAACAAGAACAUCAAGGACUAUAACCAAUCUGUACUACAAAGAUACAAGGAUGAAGAGAAGCUGUUGUACGUACGUCACAAGAAACUGUCAACAUCUAGACAUCUCUACAGGCGCGAUGGUAUCCACUUGGAUGAAGUCACAGGGACGAGUCUCCUGGUGGCGGAUGUAAAGAGGACCAUCCGCUCUGUGGAGAACGAAUACAAUCCCGGUUACAGUAGAGAAAACUGGAGACAACCCCCACAUUCAGGGCAGGACAGACCACAGCAGAACCGCGGCCAGGACAGAACACAUCGGAACCGCGGACAGGACAGAGCACAAGAGAACCGCGGACAGGACAGAUCACAGCAAAACCGCGGACAGGAUAGACCUCAACAGAACCGCGGACAGGACAGAGCACAGCAGAACCGCAGCCGAGACGGAUCCUGGCGUGCCGAUACACCUGGAGAGCGGAGCCGUCCCAACUGGUACCGGUCCCAGGUCAACACACCACACGAGGACAUUAUAAACCUGGCCUACAAGUUGAAAGAACUGCUCAACAACUUUUAGAUAUUCAGUGUACCAGCGCUGACCAAAAGGAAAGUGAACCCUUCUAUUACUCUACUUAACAUAGAACUUUUGAUUAUUUCAUAUAACCACCAAAUAUAGACCUAAAUGGUACUCAUUCAUACGUAAACCUUAAAACAUAUG